UGGCUUCGGAUAACGCAUCGUCAAAAACGGAUAGUGAAAAUCAAAAGAAAAAAAAAAAAAAAAACAACAAAACCAAAAACGGAUUACUAUAACAACAACUACAUGUGUACAACAAAAAAGUUGUAGCUCUUCGGUGCAAAAAUUGUAAAGGAAAUACCAAAGUGAAUGUGUGGGUGCACGCGAGCAUGGGUGUGUGCGUGUGUUUUGGUAAAGGAAUUUAAAAUUUAAUUAAAAUCGUGUUGGGAGUGAUUCGAAUAUCCCAGCGAAAAAAGGGCACAAAGUAAGCGAGUGUGUUACGCCCACAUAUUUUUUUGCCAAGGAAAAAAAUCUAAGGAAUUAAAAAAUAAAAUUAAAUGAAAAAGUGAAAUUUUUCAAAAUUUAAUAUUUUAUCCAGUUAUAACUUCAAAUAUAAUAUGAAUGUGUGUGCGUGCGUGCGUGCGUGCGUGUGAUUGAUUAAAGAAAAGGAGAGCAAACGAAACAAUACCCCCAAAACGAAAUUUUUUUGUGAAUGGGUGUGUGUUGAAUGUUCUAUGUCUGCCAGUGUAAACGAGGAGUACUCCGCAAAAGUGAAUCCUGACCAAACCCAAACUAUAAAUUUGAAACGGAAACGGAAACUUGUUUGUUGAGAUAUAACGAAAGUCAACAAAAACUUGUGAUUGUCGUUUUUAAGAAACUUUAACAGAUCCUUGGAUAAAACCCACAGACGAUGCUACACCGAAAGAGUUGAAGGAAAAAAUCGAAGGCAUCCAAAAAACAGCAGCGUUAAAAAAUAUUUAAUUUUCCAGCAAAGCAAACAACCAGCUGCGACAACAUCAUCUAGCAUAUUUGCCCACAAACACGAAGAUACUUUCAUAUGACAGGAUGUUUCAUAUCCCAAGGGAAUCCUUCAUAGAAAUGUGAGGAAAAAACAAAACCGUGUGACAGAAAUCCUGAACACUAUUUGAUUCCAUUUCCACGGCGCAGCAAAACCAUCAAAGACGAACAUCUAUGUGCAAUGUCAAAUGGUAAACAUUAGAUUUGUUGCGAUUAUUUGCUGACUGACUGACUGUAGCAAAUAGAGGUCGUACUUAAGCCAAAGGGAAACGAGGCUGGAACAAGUAGUUGAACCACAGCUGGCUAAGUGAAAACAAGUGACCCUCAGAGAGUGAGAGCAAAAAAUCAUCUGGCACUAGAAGUCCUCUCACUCUCUCCCCCCGCGUUACAAGCCACCCAAAAGGUUUGCCACAAUAAAAUUCAGCUCUCCAACAUCUGUACAUAUGAAUCUGUACGGUUCAUACAUGUCUUGCCAUUAGAUGUCAUUAUGUCGUUAUAUAAUGUUAAGUACAAACGUAAACAGUUUUGACUGAAGUACUCUUCAGUGUUCGUUGUUUUUUUUUUUUCUUUCUGGGCCCCAACUACAACGACAACUGCAAACCUGGUUAGUAAUCUGAACGGUCUGGUUGUGUUGAAAAUUGUUGUGUAUGUGUGUGUGUAUAGACACAGUGUCGAUAUGUCUGUAUGAAUGUGUAGCCAACAACAUAUCCUUGCAAUGAACCAACCUUUAACCAUGCUCUACAACAACAGCAGUAACAACAACAAUGUGUGUUUGUAUGCUCACAUAUGAAUCGAGACAGAGAGCUUGGCAGAGAUCAAAAAUCAGACAUUAUAUACCACACCAAAGCAUUUAACCAUAGGACUUGGCAGAUACGCACGCCUCAUCCUCCCCCCAAUUGUUCAUAACCAUCUGAAAUGGUAACGACGACGACAACUAUAGUUGCGGAUGACUGAAUGUUUAUUUAGUUACCGGUUCAGUUGGAUUGUUUGGUUUGACGACAUCAUAAAAACGACAAUGAGGACGAUCUGCAUCAUCAUCAUCAUCAUCAACAUGACAAUUAUAAUGGCAUCAGCAGCAGCAACAACAAAAAAAACGAUGAUGACGAUGAUGGUGGUGCCCUCUGUGACAAUGGCACAGAGCAGUUGAAAAAGUGAAAACCCAACAACAGCAACAACAUCAAGCACAAUAAUACUUGUCCAUUGUGCCAGCAUCACAACCCACAACCCACAACAUCAACAAUAAACUCAGCAUCUUUUUAGCAGAACUCAACAUUCUCACUCCGUCACUCUCUCCAUCUCUCUUCGGCCAACGAUUGUCCAUAAUUCUUCACAGUUGCCUGGCAAUUCUCGAUUCUUUGAAGCGUAAUGGGUGAUUUACAAGCAACAAUUGAAUUUUCUGUGGAAUUAUAUAAAUUCUUCAAUGUGGAUUUAUUUCAAAGGGGUCUGUAUCAGGUACGAUGCUCUCUGCGUGUCUCACCCCGCCUACCGGUACAAAUCGAAACCACAAUACCCGAGACCACAGCGAAUGGCCAGCCUGCCGUUCAGCCCAUUGCCUUGGCGAAUGGAGGCGGCAAUGGUAGCGGCAGCAAUGGUGGAGAUGCUAAUAACGUGGCAGGUAUGGGUGGUGUCGGCAAUGGGACAGAGUCUGUGGAACAGUUGGACAACAAUCAUCAACAACAACAGCAGCAGCAACAACAACAACCACCAUCCGAUAUACCACCACUGCCCAAUAAUGUUCACAACUUAGCCUCGGCCAGCAUAAUUAAUGGGGCUGGAGCCUCACGUGUUUUUCAAAUACUCUAUCGUAACGAGGAAGUGACACUACGUGACGUGAUCUACUUUCGGACCCACUUAUUAGUUGACAGUCGUCAUUUAAAAGAAUCCAUAGAACGUGCAGAAUUUUCAUUACAAUUGGAAUUGUGGUUCGCCGAACAGAAUGCCACAGCAUCCAAUUUAGCAUUGGCCUCGACGCGUACUUUGCAGUUGAAUUUCCAUCCAGGACGUGGUCUCCACUAUCAUCUGCCGGUGUUGUUUGACUAUUUCCAUUUGGCUGCCGUCAGUGUGGGCAUCCAUGCCAGUUUGGUGGCAUUACAUCAGCCGUACAUCAAUGCCCCCAAAAACUCCAAACCCUGGCUUAGCACUGGAAAGUUAAGCUGCCGAGGCAGCAUGUCGCCCGGACCUCUAGAAGCGGUGUUCUUUGGCCCCCAACCUGUGAGUACAACAAAAUGUAGUGGCGGUCCGGCGGGAAGACUGCUACAGUCACGCCAACUGCAUCAAGAAAUAUGCAGUCUACUUCUAGGCGCUAUUGAACAACUGAAAAUAGCCCUAAAUGAAUUUAGCACCGUACUCCCACCGAAUAUCAACACACAAAUCGGUUCACCACCAUUUCGAGAAAACGAUACCAACGAUCGACUGCAUAAGCUAUUGGAACAAGCUAAGACCCACGAUUCCGAAGAGGACUUUACGAUACGAGCAAAUUCGGACAUAGCCCAACUAUGCGCAGAAUGUAUUAUGUUCUGGCGCCGGGUGCUUAUAGCCUCCACCCAACCUUCGGUUCACACCCUGUUGGCCAAGAAGCAUCACAUUUUGCGGGUACGACGUUUCUCCGAAGGUUUCUUUGUCAUGGAAAAUCCUCGCCACACAGCGGCCGGCUGCUACGACAGUAACUAUCAAAAUUAUGUGGCCAUAUCCGAGAUGGCGCGCAGAAGCCGCUACAUGCAGUCACUACCCCCACUGCCGGUCCAUUGUACACCCAUCGAUGGUGACACAAAUUCAAUGCCUUUAAUUUUCGAAGAUCGUUAUGUGGAGCCAAAUAAAUUUACACGAAAAAGAACAGGUUCCGAGCCACAUUUGAAUCGUGUGGAUAUGUCGGUGGUCAAUGGGAAGAGUAAGGGCUCGGGUGAUAAGACCGUUGCAACACCCAAUGGACGGGCAGCCUCAGCUUCAAGUGGAAAGGAGUGUUCUUGUGGUGCGGGUGGCUUUGAUUAUUCUGCCACAAAGUCCAAUGGGGUAGCUGGGGUUUUGACGCCCCGCUUUGCCUUAGGCGGAGAAAUUCUACAAGCCAGCUUGACCAUAGCACCCUCAGCUGCCUCCAAGGGACCCGGUUCAAAUAAUACCACCUUGAAUCACCGUUACAUGUCCAGACAUUCUGUGAAUGGUCUGCUCGACGAAAUCGACAGCGGUCUGGAUCCAUCCUUGCAGGAAUUUUGUGAUGUGGGCAGUGCUGGGACUUUGCCGGCCAGACACAGCAAGUCCUUGGAUCAAUUGGAUGGCACGAUCCAUAGUACUCCCUCCUUGAGAACCUAUCACCACAGUACCAUGACAGGUUAUCCUGCCAAGUUAUCAGAAAGUGAAAUAAAUCAUCUCGCCAGCUAUGGAGGAGCUGGAGGGGUAGGAGAGUCCCAGGAGAAAACAUUUAAGGGCUUUGGUUUGAAUGGCAGCCGCACUAAACCCAAGGUCCAGGCCGAGGAUUUGAUGCGCAACAUCAAUGAGUUCCGUUUGAAAUAUAAAAAUUUCGAAGAUCCCUGUGUUCCGCCGCCACCACCGCCUGUCACCGCCAAUGGCCAAAUGCAUUACAAAAUCUAUGGGGCCAAUACCUUGGGUAGACCGCCCAAUCUGGAUAUCCAGGCGGCCAGCAAAUACGACUACCUGCAUGAAAUUAAAAUGCUGAAUCCACCCAAAAAAGUGGCGACCGAGCAGAAGCAAAAUUCCUACUACAAUUCCCUGCCCAAGACCAUUGCAAAUGGUGAGAUUGUGCCCCGUAACUCAUAUCCACCCAUAAAGACCGUCCCCCAGACAAAUGGGGAUACCCCUAAUGCUAAUACCCAAAGCUCCAUAGUUUGGCCACAACAAAUUGCUAUACCCCGCAGUAGUUCUUCCCAAGCGUUAAGACAAAACAAUGUUGGUCCCCAUCCAGAACUGGAGCCAAAUGGUACCAUACCCCGGUCCGUGGAAAUUGCCCGUGUAAGGGUCUCGGACCUUAAAGAGAUGCUGAAAAAUGGCACACUGCGCAAAGAGUCCAGCAGCUCAGAAAGUGAUAUACCCUCCAAGGUGAAGAAGGCCAAGGCAGAACAGAAAAUGUUGUCCUCCACCAGUGUGCCCUUUAAGCUGGAUACAACCUCCGCCCAGGACCAGGAGCAAACCACCAGUGGUUUUAGUGAAUCUCUGCCCAAUUUGGUGCCGCCUCCGCAAUUUACCACCGAGGCAGUGAUAAGUGAUUCCACCUCCUCGCUGAGUGAAGAAAGUGGUUGGGUAUCCAGUCGCCGCAGCUCCAUUGUGCCCUCCUCACCGGAAACCAUACUCAAGCAACAGCAAACCAAGGAAAGAAAUGAACUGGAAACCCGGCUAAAUGGAGAACAAUUACGCCUGAAGUUACAAAAACUUUUGGAGCAGCAAAACAAAAAUAAAAAACUCAAAGAAUCGCGAGGACAACUAAAGACGCCCAGCGCUCUCAUUCCAGAGGGUUCGCUAAACAAAAAGGUGUCCUCUGUAACGGUUAAAAUUAAACCCGAACGUCUGCGUUCGGAAUUGCGUCGAAAUCUGCGUAACAUACCCUACAAUGAAUCUACCGAAGUGGAGGACUCGGACUUUUCGCUCAUGCAGAGCCAGAGACGGGAACGUUAUAGGAAGACAGAGAAAUCCAAAUCCGAUUUUGAUUUGACCAGCAUUAAGGAGACCAAUGGCACAACGGUGGCUCUUACAAAUGUGCGGGUGCCACCGCCACAGCAAUUUCAGGAUGAUCUUCUGCCGCCCGAUGAGUUUCGUGAUCCACCGCUUAGCAACAACAACAACAACAAGGACAAAUCAAACAAGAAACACGAACUUAACACGUCCAGGGCCAAGGAUAUGCUUCCUCCAGCUAAACCACAAAAUGUUCCACCAAAUUAUGUAACCAUGACGCCGGCCAAUAAAUCUGAUACCUAUCAAAGCCUCACCCAGCACUCAUCUCCCUCAUCACUGAUACUACCGCCAGCUCCACCACCUCCUCUCAAGGAAAUUCCCCAACAUGCCAUGAACCUGAGGCAACCCAUUGUGGCAAUAGAUAAUCCCGUCUAUCACAUCUAUGAAUCCAUGAAACCCAUAACCCCCGCCAAUAUUUUUGGCAAUAAACCGGUUGUACGAUCGCACAGUAUUGUUGAAAUGAAACGGCCCAAAGAUUUUGGACAGAUCAGCAACACCACCAACACCAUUAAAAGUUCCCAGCUGAACAACAACAAAUCCAAUCGUUCCACACCCUCCAAUAACUCCUCCACCAAACUUUCCCUAAACAUCACUGCCUCACAUGCCCAAGGUCCCCAUCCUGCUCAUCCUCCCCAGCCUCUAGAAAAUGGCAACGAAGACGAAAACAAAGAAAACUCAAAUUCUUCUUCAUCAGCCGCAGCAACACAGCAUCAACAACAUUGUAACAGCAACAGCAACAACACCUCUUCCACGACGGUUGUCCGUUCGUCCAGCACCAAGUCGACCAAACAUCACAAGAACAGCCAACACCAUAACGCCAACAGCACCAAGGGCCACCAGGAGGCCAACAACAUAUCUUUAAUGGAAUUUGAAAAAUAUCGCGAAGAAUUUCGCAAACAAUUGAAAUACAACGGCAGCAUUUAUUCAGACUUCAACAAACUCUCCUCGGAGUUGCCUUAUUUUUAUAUCAGCGAUGAAUAUCGUGCCUUCUCACCGAACGGCAUGCAUUUAAUUAUUUGUGUUCAUGGCUUGGAUGGCAAUUCGGCCGAUUUGCGUUUGGUGCGCACCUAUUUGGAAUUGGGACUGCCCGGUGCGAAUUUGGAGUUUCUAAUGUCCGAACGCAAUCAGGGUGAUACAUUUUCCGAUUUCGAUACCAUGACUGAUAGACUUGUUGCUGAAAUUUUAUAUCAUAUCGAAACCUGUGGACUCAAUCCGACACGCAUUUCUUUCGUCGCUCAUUCAUUGGGAACAAUUAUUGUACGCAGCGCCUUGGCGAGACCACAAAUGCGUUCAUUAUUGCCGCGAUUGCAUACGUUUUUAUCAUUAUCGGGACCGCAUUUGGGUACAUUGUAUAAUACCAGUGGAUUAGUUAAUAUGGGCAUGUGGUUUAUGCAGAAAUGGAAAAAAUCCGGCUCCCUGUUGCAACUGUGUAUGCGUGACACCAGCGAUAUGCGCAAAAGUUUCUUGUAUCGUCUCAGCCAGCGUAGUAACUUGCAUCAUUUCAAGAAUAUACUACUCUGCGGAUCCAGUCAAGAUCGUUAUGUGCCGGCACACUCGGCUCGUUUGGAAUUGUGCAAGGCAGCAAUAAGGGACAAUUCAAAUUUGGGAGUUAUUUAUAGAGAAAUGGUCAACAAUAUAAUUGCACCGAUUUUGGCACGACCUGAACUGACUUUGACCCGUUACGAUGUACAUCAUGCCUUGCCACAUACCGCCAAUACUCUAAUUGGCAGGGCUGCCCAUAUUGCUGUAUUAGAUUCGGAAUUGUUUAUUGAGAAAUUCCUAUUGAUUGCCGGUCUAAAAUAUUUUAGUUAGCGAAUUUAAAGGGUCACAGAAUGGAGGCAAAAUAAACAAAAAAACAAACAAAAACAUAGAAAAGAAAAUUAGCACGGAAUAGUUUAACAGGGUAAUUUUUUAAGAAACCAAAAACUGAAAUCAAAAAGCAAGUCCCUUGACGGGAAAUGGGACAUAUUUUUAAUUGAACUCAACUGAAAUUGAAUUGAUUUUUUAUAUAUUCGAUAAGAAACCAAAAAAAUAACUUUAGAUCUAUUAGUUUGUAGUUAUUGGAAAAAAUGAAAUUUUUAUUCAAACAUUUUAAUUGAAACGAAAGCCAUAAACAUGGACAAGGAUUCUAAGUAAAUAAACAAAAAAUAUAUAUUAUAAUUGAGAUUAUUAUAUAGUGUGACGACACUCUUACAAAGCUGAAACUGUUAAUGAUUGUUGAGAUAUUACAAAGUAUAGCGAAAACGAAGCAAAUGACAAAUGGUAAAAAUGUUAUGACAUUUUUUUGAAUAGUUCUAGGUAGAGUUUUAUUAGCAUCACAAGCACGAAAUAUAUUAAAUGAAGGAUUGGAUUGAAUUCAAAACGGCUAAGAAUUAUUUAUAUACAUAAAUAUGUAAGUUAGUUUGUAAGAAAAUAAUCUUGGCAUUUUGGCCAAUAUGAAGCAAAGUAUACUUUUCGCCAUGGUCUCUUAUGCUUGUUUGUAACUCGGAAAACAGGCUCUGAAAUUUCACAAUCUUCCGAUAUUAUCAAAACUUUAGAGAACACCGAGAGGAUCGAUAAAGGAACUAUAGGGUGAGAUAAAAAACUGCAACAAAGUCAAAAGCCAUAAUUUUUCAAAUUUAUUGAAUGAAAGCAGAAAUGUCGGAAAUAACAUCAAAUUUUAGAAUAAGUUUAGAUUUGUUCGAUUUGGUCAAGUUUGGCACGAAUUAUGGCCUUCAAACGAACAAUGAAACCGUCACACACUGCCCGAAUGUUGUUCUGUGGUAUUUUGGCCAAUUCCCGGCGUAGCGCUUGCUUGAGGUGGUCGACACUUUGGUAUUUUUUAGUGCCAACCUAGCUUUACAAAAUACUCCAGAUACAAUAGUCCAACGGAUUCGUUUCCGAAGAUUUUGGUAUCCCCAUUCACCAUUUUCGGCCAAUCAAAGCAACUCUUCAUAUCUCUUGAGUCAAUUUUCUUUCCGUUGCGGUGUAAGUUCUUGCACUUUUUGGAAUUUCAAGGAUUUACCCCGAGCUCAUUUUUCAAUGUUUGCCGAAUGGAAUAUUGUGAUAUAUUUAGCUCACGAGCCAUUUUUCGGCUACUGCGACGCGGUUUUCGAUCAGCUGUCGGACGAGUUGCUGUCCGACAAUUUUUUAACUCCACGCCAAAACAGGUUAAUAAAUUUAAUCAUUGACUUUGAAAAUAUUUUGUUUUUAUUUUUCAAAACAAUAAGUAUAUGCACAAAAUUAGCACAAGUCGGGCACACUUAGAAAAAAAUGUAAUCAGUUGGUAGCUCUGCCUGGGAGUUGUUAUGAUAUGCUUUUUUUUCAACAAUUUUUGCGAAUUGCUAUAAUUUUUCAUUUCAAAUUUUCAAUUACAAAUUGUCCCAGCAGCUGUGUCGAUGCGACUACCUGUAUUAUUCUAUCAUGGCUCCUUCAAUAAAAUAAAAUAUUUUAUUAUAAACUAGGUGAACUAAAGGAACUUUGGGAACUAGUUGCACAAAAAGAAAUUAGCACAAGUCGGGCACACUUAGAAAAAAUUGUAAGCAGUUGGUAGCUCUGCCUGGGAGUUGUUAUGAUAUGCGUUUUUUUCAACAAUUUUUAUACCCUACACCACAUGGAGGUCAGGGUAUUAUGUCUUUGUGCAUUUGUUUGUAACAGGCAAAAGGAAACGAGAUAGACCCAUAGUUCCUUUUGAUGAUCUGCAUAGAAUCACAUUCUGAGUCGAUUUAUGUAUGUCCGUCCGUCCGUCUGUCCAUGUAUUUUUGUAAACAAAGUACAGGUCGCAUUUAUUGCCCGAUCCAGAUGAAAUUUUGCACAGAUCGUUUGUUUGGCCCAAGGACGAACCCUAUUGAAAUUGGAUUGGAUAAUCGGUCAAAAUUUAGAUAUAGCUCCCAUAUAUAUCUUCGUCCGAUUUGCCUUUUAUUGUGCACCAAACGUGUAAUAUCAGCCCCAAAUUAGGCCUGAAAAUAUGUAUGCCAAAUUUGAUCGAAAUCGGUUCAGAUAUAGCUAUAGCUCCCAUAUAUAUUGUUCAUUCGAUUUGUUAUUUUUGUCCUCCGCAGCCGUAAUAUGCACUCUGCAACAACAAUAUUUGGGGAAAUAUAUCAAAUACAGCUCAGAAAUACAUUUGCUAAAUUUUAUCGAGAUCGGUUCAGAUUUGCAUAUAGCUCCCAUAUAUAACUUCGUCCGAUUUACCUUUUAUUGUGCACCAAACUUCUAAUAUUUGUCCAAAUGGGAUGGAAUUUGGCACUUACGACCGAAUUGAGUCUAGAAGCUAGUAUGUCAAAUUUGGUGAAGAUCGGUUCAGAUAUAGCUAUAGCUUCCAUAUAUAUUAUUCAUCCGAUUUGUUAUAUUCGUUACCCACAACCGUAGUAUGCACUCCGUAACUACGAUAUUCAGGGAAAUAUAUCAAAUACAGCUCAGAAAUAUCUUUGCCAAAUUUUAUCGAGAUCGGUUCAGAUUUGGAUAUAGCACUCAUAUAUAUCUUUAUCCGAUUUCAAAUUAAUUGCGCACCAAAUGGGCAAUACAAUUCCGAAUUUAAAAUGUACAAAUGCUUCGGCAUAUUUAGUCUUUUGAACUUUAAAUUAUAAUUAUAAUCAUAGCGCGUAUGAUUGAAUUCUCCCAUAAAAACUUUUAAUUGUUAUGUGGAGCUCUACUAAAUUAGCAAAGUGGUGUAGGGUAUCAUAAAGUCGGCCCCGCCCGACUUUAAGACUUUCUUUACUGGUUUUAAAUUGCCCAAUUGCCUCAAUUGUCCCAGCAGCUGUGUCGUUGCGACUACCUGUAUUAUUCUACCAUGGCUCCUUCAAUAUAACACUGCCUUUACACGGUGACAUUUUUUAACCAUGCCAUUUUUUUUUUUUGUUGGUAAAAGGUGUAGAGAGACAAGGAUAGAAGAAAAAAUGGCACGAUAAGUCACCGCACAGGGUUACAUGCCAUUUUCUUUGCAUUUCUCUUUUUGCUUCUUCCGAAUUUUUUAUGAUUAUGGCAUUUCAUAUCGUUUCUUUAUUGUAAUUUUUGAUGCGUUUCUUUUAUUGUGAUGUGAUGUUUUUAGUGAUUGAAUUGCAUAGUGAAUUAUAUGAAAAUUAAUUGGAAGUAUUAAAAAGUAAAAAAAGAAAGUUAAAAUAAAAGUUAAUAAUGCAAUAUUUAACACCUCAAUUACUUUUUCCAUCAUUUCUUCUUUAGAUUCACACAUUUAAUUUUAAAUCACUUCUUUAUAAAUAUAUGUUACAAACAAUUAGCUCUAUACGAACUACUGAAUAAAAUAAAAUGUCAGAAAAAAUGCCAAGCACUAUUAUCGUAAAAUGCCGUAAAAGGCGCGAAGAUUUACGCAGAGAAUUGAUAAAAAUGCCAGCUAAAAAUUGCACCGUGUAAAGGCAGUGUAAUAAAAUAAAAUAUUUUAUUAUGAACUAGGUGAACUAAAGGAACUUUGGGAACUGGUUGCACAAAAAGAAAUAUAAAGAAAACAUUUUUUAUUUCGUUUCUUUUAUAAAACAGGAAUCCAGUCCCUGGACAUAGUUCCAUAUCUUAUCAGAUCAAAUGUCAAAAUCAAUGCUCGAGUGAAAAAUAAAUAUUUCAAUGUUUGUUUUGAUUGUAUUAAUUGUUUGCGGAGAAUACAAAUUAAUUGGACAGAUCGUCUAGUUAUCAGUUGCCCUUGAUGGGAGGUCUUAAGGUGAGGAUACAUAAGAAGCUUGCAUGGUAGAAGAAUAUAGAUAGUCGCUUCGACACAGCUGCUGGGACAAUGAACUGUCAAACCGAUUUUGGAAUUGAAAUGUUGAAUGAAAAAUUAUUAAAAUUUGUAAAAAUUGUUGAGAAAUGCAUAUUCUAACAACCUCCGAUUUGCAUCGUAUAAGAAAAUAUAUAAAAAUGUACUUAUUUUUGACAAAACAAUUUUAAAAUUUUGACAUCAAUGUUCGCAUGCGUUGAUGCAUCUACCUAUAUUCUUAUACCAUGGAAGCUUGGCAUCAUGGCAAGGCAUAUUAAUGCCAAAUCAUAAGUGGAAACGACGGCAGAAUUACGUUGCUGCUCUGAUAUUCGUUUAUGUUGUGUCACAUAAUAUGCCAUGCGAAGACUUCAAGCUGCUUAUGUACUCACACCUUUAUUAUGGUUUCGAUCGACACAGUUCCUUCGAAUUUAUUUCUUCCAAAAUGAUACAAAAUCUAAAAUAAUCGUAUUUCAGCACAGAAAAAACAGCCCAGGGCCUCAAUUCUUGUUCUAUGAAAAUGUGAAAUGAAAACUUUUAAAGGGAAAGAAAUAUCAAAUGAAAAAAAUUAUAAAGGAAAUAGUUUUCAUUUCAUAUUUUCAUAGAUCAAGAAUCAAGCCCCAGGGAUUGAUUCUUAUCCCAUAUAAAUGUGAAAUGAAUACUUUUUUAAAGACAAUUUUAUUAAAAAUAAAAAAAAAUGUUAAAAAGAGAAUAUUUUUUAACUCAAAUUUUCAUAGAAAACAAAAUGGUACUUUAAAAAAAAAUAAUCUUCAUAAUCGAUCUCUCUGUGGUUACGAUUUCCAUCAGUUCCCCGAGAUAACCCCUUACUUGGCGAAAAGUAUACUUCAUAUAAAUGUUACCAAAAAAAAGACAAAUGCAUUUUUCCCAUUAAAAAAAUAUUAAUUUUAAUUCCUAAUCUACAUUAUAAACCAAUGUUUUCUGUGUAUAUCUCUUGAAUUUUGGAUUUAUUUAUGUGUAUAACUUCAAUAGGCCCUCUGAGACAAGGAUUUGCAGAAUAUAGAUAAGUUGUAGGUACGUUUGUAUAUGUUGUAAUUCCCACAUUUAGCCUUUAGUCUUAAAAAGGCUUUGAAAUUAAAUGCAGGUUUACACAAAGUGUAUUUGUGUGUGUAUGUAUGAAUAUGUGGCAGCAGAUGAGAUUCUGUACGAAGACAAAGCAAAGAUUGGUGUCAAUUAGUUGUAUGAUAACAAAAAAUAAUUAAUAAGUUAAUUUUAGAUUACAACUUACUAUAUAUGUAUAUUUAUGUACGUAUGUGUCGGUAGUUAUUUAUGUAUAUUAUAUUAAGUCCUUAUUUGGUUUCUUCUAUUACAACUUACAUGGUCAUUAUCCCUACCAAGACUUAUUGAUAUCUCCAAAACCCUGAAAUACGAAAAAAACUAAGAUUUCUGAAAGAACUAAUAAGAAAAGAGACUCAAGCGUUUCAUGUUUCCUCUACAAUCAAAAAAAAUAAUAAUAUCAAAUUAAAACAAUUUUCAUCUCCAAUUUCCAAAAGUUGUUUUCUCCUAAAAUUGUAGUUUCAUCUUUAAACUCACAAGAAAUAGUAAAUAGAAAUAGUUUAUGGAUAAAACCUAAAAGCAAAUAGCGACAACAAAUGAACGAAACUUAAAACACCAUAACCUACGAAAGAAACAGUAGAUUCCAUAGGAAAUAAUUACGAAAACCAGAAAAACACCACACCACCAA